CUGUGCUCCGGUGUCCCCCCCCUGGCGAACGACGUUGGGGUGAAAAACACAUUGACGGUCAAGAUUACCCGAUACCCCUUCGGCGUUGUGUAUAGCGGGGCGCGCGGAUGCAUUUGUACGGUAUUCUGUACGUAUACGGUUUGCGACGUGGCCAGCAACGUGGCAAGGAAGAGGAGGCGUCGGUGACGUGUAGUCAGACGUGGCUAGGGAGCGCAAUCGUCGGGGAAUAUAAAAGGCUUCCGUCUGGCACGCCCGCUGCCAUUUCCCCCCGUUCCCCAUCUUCUCCCUCUCGCUCACUCCGCCAAAAAACCCGCCUCCCUCUCCCUCACUCCGCCCGCCGGUAGUUUAGGUAUUGGAUCGUCGGCGAUCCAGUAGAUCCGUACGCGAUGGAAGCAGGGGGAGCUGCCGCGGACGAUGUGAAGACGGUGGCGGUGGUGGAACUUGAUCCGUCGUCGCAGGCGGUUGGAGGGGAAAGCGGUGCUGGAGGGUCGGCGGUCGCUGCGAGGACCUCCGCCGUGGAGUCCUCCGUCAUCGGGUCGGUGGUCGUCGGCACGGUGGUGGCGGCAACGGCCGAUCUGGAUGCGGGCGAAUCCAGCAUCGCAUGCGGUGAUGCUGCCGCAACCGUCAAGGUGGCCGCGGAUCUUGUGGAGGAGGCUUCAUCCUCCGCGGCGGUGAAGACGGUGGCGGAUCUGGUGGCUGCGCCGGCUGCCGGCGACGUCAGUGAGGUGCAGGCGGACAUGCAGAUGGAGGCUGGUGAAGGGUCGAGGAAGCGGAAGCGCGAGGAGGAGGAGCCUGUGCCUCCUCCAAUCCAGGAGCUAGAACCUGUCGCUCCUCCAAUCCAGGAGGAGGAAGUAGCUGUCCCUCCUCCAAUCCAGGAGGAGGAAGAUCCUCUGCCUGCUCCAGCAGUGCAUGCUCCAGUAGUGCCUGCUCCAGGAGUGGCUGCUCCACCUUUCCCUGCUCCAUAUGAGCAGCUGGAGGAUUCAGAUGGCUCCCUGGAGUAUGACUCUCAGGAUUCAAGCGAGUCCGUGGACAGCAGGAACAUUGGAUCCUUCUGGACCAAGCUGCUGAAGAAGCUGGAUGAUGGGGUCCUCCCUUUCAAGAAGAGGGGGAGGUACUUCUGUCCAUGGCACAAGGUGAAGCCCAGGGAUGGAGAGCUUGGUAGCCUCAGGCAGCACUGCGAGGAGCUAGCCCGUAGUGGCACCUCCAAGCAGAUAAGGGCAGAGCAUCAAGGGCUUCUCAUGGUGCUUGCUAAUGAGGAUGCAUGAUGCCUACUUCUGGUGGAUGGUGCUUGGUCUGUAGAUUUGGUGUUUGUUUAUGAUGUUGGAACUACUGGUUUGUGUUGUCUUGAACAAUGUUUGGUUUGCUUUUGAACUAAGUAUUCAGACCAUCUAUUAUAGUGAUGGUCUUAAUUACUGAAUCUGUGUGGAUCUAAGUUGUGUGUUGAAUUAUUAUGUAGCUGAUGAUGCUUA